CUGAGCGAGCUGAAGCGGCGGCUGCGGCAGGGGACCCCAGGAGCCAUGGGGUGCACGCGUGAUGCCAUCCUGGAUGCGCUGGAAAACUUGACCGCUGACGAGUUCAAGAAGUUCAAGAUGAAGCUGCUUUCAGUGCCGCUGCGCGAAGGCUACGGACGCAUCCCACGGGGGACGCUGCUGCCCAUGGACGCUGUGGACCUCACCGACAAGCUCGUCAGCUACUAUCUGGAGGCGUACAGUGCCGAGCUCACGGUAUUCGUGCUGUGCAACAUCGGCAUGCAGGAGGUGGCGGAGCAGCUGCAGGAGACCUUGUGCAAGGGCCCCGGAACCACGCCAGCCGGGAUCAAGGCCCCUCCCCAGACAGCAGCCAAGCCAGCACUGCACUUUGUGGAGCAGCAUCGGGCGGCCCUCAUUGCGCGGGUCACAGACGUGGAUGGGGUGCUGGAUGCCCUGUACGGGAAGGUCCUGACAGAGGACCAGUACCAGGCAGUGCGGGCGGAGUGCACCAAUUCUAACAAGAUGAGGAAGCUCUUCAGCUUUGCUCCAGCCUGGAACCUGACCUGCAAGAAUCUGCUCCUCCAGGCCCUGAGGGACACCCAGCCCUACCUGGUGGUCGACCUGGAGCAGAGCUGAGGCAUCUUUCCCAGCAGCAGUCCCACAGACAACCCCUGGCAGUUCCAGCCAUCUUACCUGGAGUCUGAUUUUUUAAUAUACAUAUGAAAAUCCAGCUUGUAUUUGGUGUGUCUUCCUACUUCCAGCCUGGAAACUCAUGCAGAGCUACAUAUCCAAGCGCCGCAGUGACUCAGAUGAAGCUCUAGCCUCCGCCUGUUCCUGGGGCAGCAGGCUCCCCAAACACUUCAUCCUUCCUGCCUCAGUCACCAAGGAAUGGUCCCUCACUCACCAUUUGGUG